UCAUUAUCUCCAAUAAUGCUUGACUGGGUAGAAAUCUUCAACUGUUUAUAUCUUCAUGUCUCCAGGGGUUGUGUGGAGAAUUGUCAGGAGACGGGUUGUGUUGGAAGUCAACAAUGCUUUCAGCAUAUAUUCACCGCUGAUGGUAACAUUUCUGAUGGUCGGUGGUACCUCCAAGAACCUCUCUAUCUGAAAUGGAAACAAUGGGAUUGCCACAGUGAUUGCCGCUACUAUUGUAUGCUUGCAAGGGAGGAGGAAAGAAGAAAGCUCGGCGAGAAGCCUGUCAAGUAUCACGGAAGAUGGCCUUUUCGUCGUGUUUAUAGAAUUCAGGAACUUGUUUCUGUUUCUUUUUCUGCACUCAAUCUUGCUAUACAAUUUCAUGGUUGGAUAUCUUUCUUCAUUCUUGUCAACUACAAGCUGCCUUUGACGGAUAAUCGAAAGACGUACUAUGAGUAUUCUGGCCUUUGGCAUAUCUAUGGUGUCCUAGCAAUGAACUGUUGGUUCUGGGCUCCAGUUUUCCACAGCCGGAUUUUUCAAGAACAUUGCCUUAUUCACCGGAGGAGAUUAAUGAGGUGAAAGAUUUUUGGGCAGAUUACUUCAUGAACAAUGUCGACUUUUAGCUUAAUUUGUAAUAUGAACUCGAUCUCUAGCUAGAUACCUUUGUUGUAGUAAUUUUAUGUUUGUUGUAACAUGUUGGUUGAUCUAUGACGAAUUUAAUUGCCUUUUAUUGGGAACGUUAAUUACGUUGUAAACUAUUGUGACAGGUAUUAUUUAUAAAUGUAUUCCCGGUAUUGGGAAGCGUCUACUUUCAAA